AUGUCCACCACCAGUUCGCUGACCUCACCGACUUCAUCAGCCUCAUCAACCUCAACCACUGGAAACACCAAUUCACCAUCACCCACUACUCACAGUGCUUCAUCCACAGUCACAUCCUACGGUGUCAUCACCGACAUCGGUGGCUCACUAGCUACGGUCACACUGGUCACUACUGUGCAAGGGACAGUGCCCACAGAUAAAGCUUCCACAUACCAGACAAAGUCGCCCUCGAGCAAUCAUCCGGCGCUGAUAGUAGGGUUGGCAGUCGGCAUCCCAGUCGGGCUGUUGGCUUGUGCUUUGCUGGCAUAUGUUAUCUGGCGUCAACGCAAGUCCAAGGGACAGGAGUACACAUCGCCUCCACGAUCAGACGACACAGACGAUGCCAUGAAGGACAGAUUCGGCUACCAAGUAGGCCACGUAGCACCAGAUGGAAGGGCACCGGAAAUUGACUCAUACCCUGUGGCUAUGAGCCGGUCCAGAAGUAACCGGAAGAGCGAGCUGGAGGGCUCAACACACAGUCCAGCGAUCUCUGUCGGAAGUGCGACACAUCUACCCGGCUAUAGUCCAAUGAGUCCAGGUCUACGCUCUGUCAACGAGGAGCCGGCUGAGUUGUGGGGUGGACCGACCGUGACGCAGAUUCAAGAGGAGGAGCCGAAGAUAUCAUGA